UUAGGUAUAACUACUACCAAUGACACAACAACGGCAUCAACUGCGGAGACAACAACAGCAGCCUUAACUACCUUUACCAUUGCGACAACAACGGCAUUAACUCAGCUGACAACCACAUCACAUACAACGACUUCUCUCGAUAAACCAACAGCGAUAUCAACUGAAGUGACAACCACAUCACCAACAACGACUUCUCCCGAUGCCCCAACAACGGCAUCAACUCAGGUGACAACCACAUCACCAACAACGAUUUAUCCCGAUUCCACAACAACAGCAUCAACUCAGGUGAAAACCACAUCACAUACAACUUCUUCUCCCAAUGCCACAACAACGGCAUCAACUCAGGUGACAACCACAUCACCAACAACGACACCUCCCGAUGCCACAACAACAGCAUCAAUUCAGGUGACAUCCACAUCACCAACAACGACUUUCCCCGAUAAAACAACAACGGCAUCAACUCAGGUGACAACUGCAUCGUUUAUACCUACUUCACCGGAUGACACAACAACGGCAUCGACCCCAGAUACAACGACAUUACCUAUAACUACUUCAACCGAUGAAACAACAACGAUGUCAACUCAGGUGACAACCACAUCAGCUUUAACUACUUCACCCGAUAAAACAACAGCGGCAUCAACUCAAGAGAAUACGACAUCAGCUUUAAUUACUUCUCCCUAUAUUACAACAAUGGCAUCAACUUUGGAGACAACGACCUCAGCUUUAAUUACUUCUCCCGAUGAAACAACAACAGCAUCAACUGUGGAGACAACGACAUCAGCUUUAACUACUUCUCCCGAUAAAAUAACGAUGCCAUUUACUGUGGAGACAACACCAUCAGCUUUAACUACGUCUCCCGAAGAAACAACGAUCGCAUCAACUGUGGAGACAACAACAUCAGCGUUAACUACUUCUCCCGAAGAAACAACAAUGGCAUCAACUGUGGAGACAACAACAUCAGCUUUAACUAGUUUUCCUUAUGAAACAACAACAACAUCAACUCAGGAGACAACGACAUCAGCUUCAACUACUUCUCCCGAUGAAACAACAACAGCUUCAUCUCAGAAGACAACGAGAUCAGCUUUAAUUACUUCUCCCUAUAUUACAACGAUGGCAUCAACUCUGGAGACAACGACAUCAGCUUUAACUUCUUCUCCCAAUGAAACAACGAUGGCAUCAACUGUGGAGACAACAACAUCACCUUUAACUACUUCUCCCGAAGAAACAACGAUGGCAUCAACUGUGGAGACAACAACAUCACCUUUAACUACUUCUCCCGAAGAAACAACGAUGGCAUCAACUGUGGGGACAACAAUAUCAGCGUUAACUACUUCUCCCGAAAAAACAACGAUGGCACCAACUAUGGAGACAACAACAUUAGCUUUAACUACUUCUCCCGAAGAAACAACGAUGGCAUCAACUGUGGAGACAACAACAUCAGCUUUAACUACUUUUCCUGAUGAAACAACAACAGCAUCAACUCAGGAGACAACAACAUCAGCGUUAACUACUUCUCCCGAAGAAACAACGAUGGCAUCAACUGUGGAGACAACAACAUCAGCUUUAACUACUUUUUCUGAUGAAACAACCACAGCAUCAACACAGGAGACAACGACAUCAGCUUUAACUACUUUUCCUGAUGAAACAACAACAGCAUCAACUCAGGAGACAACCACAUCCUUUAUUACUACAUCUCCCGAUGAAACAACAAUGGUAUCGACUCAGGAGACAACGACAUCAGCUAAUUGUACUUCUCCCGAUGAAACAACAAUGGUAACGACUCAGGAGACAACGACAUCAGCUAAUUGUACUUCUCCCGACGAAACAACAAUGGUAUCGACUCAGGAGACAACGACAUCAGCUAAUUGUACUUCUCCCGAUAUUACAACAACACACAAACUCAACACUAAAACUACAAAACAACUAACAACGUCAUCACCUCUGAAGAUCACAAUGACUACAAGAGUUGCAACAGCCUAUUGUCCAGAAGAAAUAUUUAACAAUAUUAUAUGGUCACAGAUAGUAGCAGGACAAAAAGACACACAACAAUGUCCACCUGGAUAUACAGGUAAUGUCUUUCGAAAAUGCAACGACAACGGUGAUUGGGAAGCUCCUGUAUAUAUAGAAUGUGUUAAUAUGGCACUUUAUGAAACAUCUGAAAAGCUGAAUGAUCUUGAAAACAACACUGAUCCUGAGGAAGCAACAGAAGUUAUAGAUGACGUACUGAAUAUUAUAAAUAAUAAUACUAUUGGGAACGAAAAUCCUCCUACAUCUGGAGAUUUGAAACAUACCACUAAUAUACUGUCUCAAAUUGUCGGUUUAGGGGCAUCGAAAAAUGCGACUGUUGAUUCAGAGAAAUUCGGAGAUGUUUUGAAUUCAGUUUUGGAUACAGAUAAUAGCGGUAGCUGGAAUGAAGUUAAUUCGGAGGAACAAUCGGAAGAAGGUGCAUCAAAAAUUAUGGGAAUAGUAGAAAGUCUUGGUAGUCUCGUUCAAAAGAAUUUACUACCUAAUGAAACCAAAAUCAUCAACAAAACAAAUUUAGUUAUAGAGGUUUCAACAAUGAAGAAGAACCUUACUUUCCCGCCAGAUUCAAAUUCGAUGUCAAAAUUGAAUCUUGCAGACCAACUAUCUCUACAAGAUACACUUUACACAGCGGCCCUCUACAGGACAUUGUCGGGUAUACUUCCAACAACACCAAACAGAUCAGUUGGUUCUGAUGUGAUUUCCGUAUCAUUUGGCCAAGAUAUUGACAUCUUAACAGAAAAUAUUACAAUCAGAUUUGAGCAAAAUAAAAAGGUGCCAUUCACAGAUCCAAAGAUAUCUUGUGGAUAUUGGAACUUCAGUGCUAGAAGUUGGACUUAUGAUGGAUGCUAUUUAAAAAUGACCGACUCCAGGGUGUCUACAUGCACGUGCAAUCAUUUAACCAAUUUUGCUAUACUGAUGAGUCCUAGUGAUGUCGAAAUUUCAGAUGCUAACCAGAAAGCCUUAGAAAUAAUCACAUUUGUUGGUUGUGGACUAUCAAUAUUAGGAUGUUUUCUCACACUUAUUAUUUACACUGUAUUCUGGAGAUCUGUUAAAAAUGAAUGGGCUGUAAUUUUGAUGAACAUGUGCAUCGUUUUAAUAAUUGGAUAUUCCGUCUUCUUAAGUGCUACAGAAGAAACUGAAAAUGAUAUUGCUUGUAUCAUAAUAACAGCUGUACUACAUUACGUGUUUUUGGUUGUGUUCUUCCUCAUGUUAUGUGAAGGAGUAUCAGUCGCUACUGCUGUCACAGUUGUAUUCAAGACAAAAUCGAGACUACCAAUAUAUUUAUCACUUGCUUGGGUUGUUCCGUUAGUGAUUGUAGGAACAACCCUUGGAGUAACAAGACUGAAAGGAUAUCAUUCUAACAAAUACUGCUGGCUAAAUACUAGUAAUUUUGUAUUUAUGGCCUUUGUUGGACCAGCUCUACUCAUUAUACUGAUGAAUAUAGGAACAAUAAUACUCGUUUUAAGAGCUAUGUAUUCUAGUGUUACUAUGGCGAAUGAAAGAUUGAAGAAAAAAGCCAGAGCGGGUUUAAAAUGUAUGGUGACACUACUUCCAGUAUUAGGACUGUCAUGGCUAUUUGGAAUUCUAGCAUUUAAUGAAGAUACCAUCAUCUUUCAAUAUUUAUUUGGUAUUACCACUUCCUGUCAGGGAUUAUUUAUAUUUAUUUUUCAUACAGUUUUAAAUAAAAAGGUACAAGAAGGAUUUAGAAAAAUAAUGCACAGACGCAGAGCAAAAUCUAUGUCAAACUUCAGCAGCAAACCAAAGUCCUCUGGUACACAUGACAGAUUUGAUUCAAAAGUAAGUAACACUGAUACAACAAAGUUAAAGGAUAUGAAGACAGAGACGCCAAAGAAACAUGAAUUGAGAGCUUUCCUAAAAAUAAAUAAAUCGCAAGCUUAUGAAGUAGCAAAAGCCUAAGACCAUUGUCACAGUUAUAACUGUCAAACAAACUUAUAAACUGUCUGUACUGUAAAGUAAAUUUGAGUUUGAGAAUUCAAUCUAAAUACCAACGUAAUGUGAAUCUGAUCCUAUAUAAACAAUUAACCGAUUAAUAAGAUAUGUUUGUCUCAUCGCUGUUAUAAUACUUUUUAUACCAUUAUAGUUCUUAUUUAUAUUUUCAUUAUUUCCUAGUAUGUACCAUUCAUUUCACUCAAUAGAACAUUGUAUAGUAAUAUUUUGUUUUUUGUUUUUCUAAUUAAACAUGACAUUAUGUGUA